AUGGCGACGUUAAAUCUCCAAUUCAAACGCGCCUUGGAGACCACUUGCAACAGCAACAAAAGCGACGACAUAGACGACGACGACAACCACAAGACGAAGAAAUUAAUGACGCAUAAUCUAGAUUAUACAGUAACGACACUCGCCUCACAAAACUAUGAUUUCACUCUUCACGAAAUUCCAAUUAAAGAAUACAACAACAAAUGUAACAAAAAUAUCAACAACAACACCAAUGGUAAUGAUCAAGAAUUAGAAGGAGGAGGAGAAGAAGUAGAAGAAGAAGAAGAAGAAGACGAUGAUGUAAUAGAAGAAGAAGAAAAUUAA